CCUGACGCUUCCUCAAUGUGUCGGAACUGCCAUGUUGCUGCAGUGGGAAUAAAUGUCCGGGGAGCUAGGGAUAUCGGCGGCUGGCGAGGAAUGGAAGUACAGAGGCUGCAAUAACUUCAUUCUUUUGAGGAGGACAAACCGGUUUUGGAAGAUAAGCCGUUGUUAAGUUAAGGGAAACAGCCUUUUGGCUCCUGUAUGUCCUGUGACUCAUGAAGACCAGCAUUGUUUUUUGAUUAGAGAAGCUAUAAUAUGGGUAAAGUCUGCUCGUCAUGUUGUGUCAACAGCUGAGGCUAACCUAAUCUCCCAGCAUCCCGUGGGAAAGAGCAUGUAUAAAAGGGAUGGCCUCAUGGCCAAUGUGACAGUGACCUGCGCCACGCCAGAGGGCAGCAGCAGUUCUGACUCUCUGGAUGGCCGCAGUUCAGACUACACUAAUAAAAGCUAUGACGCGGUGGUAUUUGAUGUACUGAAAGUGACUCCAGAGGAGUUUGCUAGUCAGAUCACACUAAUGGAUGCGCCAGUAUUCAAAGCAAUUCUACCAGAGGAACUUGCCAGCUGCGGGUGGAACAAAAAAGAAAAACACAGCCUUGCCCCAAAUGUUGUUGCUUUUACAAGAAGAUUUAACCAGGUCAGCUUCUGGGUUGUACGAGAAAUCUUAACAGCGCAAACCUUAAAAAUUAGAGCAGAAAUACUGAGCCACUUUGUCAAGAUCGCAAAGAAACUUCUUGAUUUGAACAAUCUUCAUUCUCUCAUGUCGGUUGUGUCAGCGUUGCAAAGUGCUCCGAUUUUUAGGCUUUCAAAAACCUGGGCACUAAUGAAUCGAAAAGACAAGGCCACAUUUGAUAAACUGGAUUAUUUGCUCUCCAAAGAAGAUAAUUACAAGCGGACAAGGGAAUAUAUAAGGAGUUUGAAAAUGGUACCGUCCAUACCAUAUUUAGGUAUUUAUCUUCUGGAUAUUAUUUAUAUCGACUCUGCAUAUCCUGCGUCUGGCAGCAUCAUGGAAAAUGAACAGCGAUCCAAUCAAAUGAACAAUAUUUUACGGAUAAUCUCCGACUUGCAAGUGUCAUGUGGCUAUGACCACCUUGUCACGCUCCCACAUGUGCAGAAGUAUUUAAAGUCCGUCCGGUACAUUGAGGAGCUACAGAAGUUUGUAGAAGAUGAUAACUAUAAAUUAUCUUUACGGAUAGAGCCAGGAAACAACUCCCCUCGUCUUGUUGCCUCUAAAGAAGAUCUUGCAGGUCCCUCAGAGACGGCAGCUUCGGUGAGAUACAGCCGGAGACCGACGUGCCCUGACGCUUCUGUGGUUUCCCAUCUCCCAACUCCUCCUGUAUCCCGACAUAGAAAGAGCCACAGCCUGGGAAACAACAUGAUGUGUCAGUUCAGUGUGGUUGAGAGUAAAAGUGCCACAUUUCCAUCAGAGAAACAGCGCCACCUGCUGGACGAUAGCGUCCUAGAAUCUCAGAGUCCGGCCAGGAACCAAACACAACCGUCUGUGUUUACCAAUGGCAUUUCCAUAGGAAGUAGUGAAAGCUCGGAAUUCAGUGAAGAGGUGUCUUCUGCACUAGACAGGGGUCGGUUGUAUGCCACGCUGGGACCCAACUGGAGGGUUCCAGUACGAAAUUCUCCAAGAAGUCGAAGCUGUGUUUACAGCUCCACGCGUUCCGAGAGAGCAAGUGCCUGGAUACAAACAGGAGUGCCGUCUGCAUGGCCUACGGGUGCGUGUAGCUGUAUUCUGGGAAGUUCUUCUGGUGUCAUCUCUAUGGAAGGACCAUUAAGAAGAAAAACAUUAUUAAAAGAAGGGAAAAAACCUACGAUCUCUUCCUGGACACGAUACUGGGUAACUCUCUCUGGGUCAACGCUCCUCUACUACGGGGCAAAAUCUUUAAGAGGCAAUGAAAGAAAAAACUACAAGUCUACGCCUAGUAAAAAGGUCUCAAUACUCGGCUGGAUGGGAGUUUUACCAGAUGAUACUGAACAUCCCAACAUCUUCCAACUCAAUAAUACUGACAAAGGGAAUGUUUACAGAUUCCAGACUGGUUCCAGGUUUCAUGCAAUACUUUGGCACAAGCACAUAGAAGACGCGUGUAGAAGCAGCAGACCCCAGGCACCUACGAAUCUGAUGUCCUUUGAAGAAAGUUGAAGGUCUGUUUUUGUUACUCAAAAAAAGUGCCAAAUUGCCAGACGGACAAUGUAGUGAGAUGAGCGCACCGUACCCUGCCGUCUGUCGCCAACAAGACUGACUUUGUUAGCACUUUUUUAUGUUACUUGGAAGUAAAUGAGACAAAGACUUUUUUUUUUUUAAGUAAAACAGUCUUUGGAGCUGGCAUAGUCUUUUACAUUUGGUAUGGAAGCUACGUUCCUCAUAGCAGCGCGGGAAGAAGCUGCAGUCUAUAUAGACGUCACUGACCAAUAAGUGGUCGGAUACCAAACUGUGCAUCACGCGUUUCGCCUAUUUUUUAAUAUUCUUUUUAACUGUUAAGCUGCUUUGAACAACAUAUUACCCAUGUUGGGUUUUAAAUCCUUAAUGAUGCACAACAAUAUUAACAGUGUUAUUAAUUAUGAAGUGUCAAUUAGAUAGAACCUUGGUGAACAACAUUUUUUUAUAACUUAAGUGCACUGAUUUGCUUUGGCAUUGUGGUUGCCUCUUACUUUUAGAAAAAAUAAAAAUAGAAAUGAGAAAAAAAACCAUUGUAAAAAUGUACCAUUGUAUACACCCUGUAAAUAUGUGUUACUGAUUCUUUAUGCAUGUAUUUUGGCACAAAAAUUAAUUCUUGAUGAUACAAUGGAUUUAAAGGGACAUGAAACUCAAAAAAAUGAUUUCACGAUUCGGACAGAGCAGACAAUUUGAAACACUUUUCCAAUUUACUUCUAUUAUCAAUUUUGCUUCAUUUUCUAGUUAUCCUUUAUUGAAGGAGCAGCAAUGUACUACUGGGAGCUAGCUGAGUACAUUGGUAAGCCAAUGACAAGGGACAUAAAUGUGCAGCCUCCAAUCAGCAACUAGCUCCCAGCUCCUUAGCCUACCUAUGUAUGUUUUUCAAUAAAGGGCUUUACAACCAAGAGAACAAAGCAAAUUGGAUAAUAGAAUUAAAAUUAGAAUGUUGUAUAAAACUGUUUGCUAUAUAUGAACCAUGAAAAAAAAUAUUUGGGUUUUAUGUCCCUUUAACUAUUAAGGCAAUUUUACAAUUUGUAGGAAACAAACACUCAUUUUUUUGUGGUCAAGGAUUUACUUGCAGAUGUGUCGGCAUUUUUAUUUACUACAUUAGUAUAAGUGAGUAGGGGCUGGUUGUACCCUCUGGAGGUAACUCUGGUUUAUUUGUCUUAUAUUAUUGUCUGUGCACGUUAUUUAUAUUUUAAUUAGUCCUCAUUUUAUUAUUAGAUUUAAUAUAUUAUUGCAAAUUUAUAGCAUAUUUUGUUUAUGGCACAGGUGUUAUAUUAAAUGUACUAUUAAUCUGAUAGC